UCAGCGUCACUGUUGGUCCAGAUCUCAAGGUCAUCCGUCCGCCUGAGUCAGUCUCACGUCACAGCUGCAUCUUCUCAUUUGGCUCAUGCUCUCAGCUGGAAGCGCACCAGCCAAGAUUAAGGGCCGCGUCCUGUCGUGAGAGCGUGGCACUCGGUGGAGAGAUGUGACGAGUGAGUUUAUGCCGUGACAAAAUGCCCUGAUUCAAACGAAGAAGGCAAGUUGAAUGAAUGUCUUUAUUUCAGUGAAGUGAUAAUUCAGUCAAAUGAAUUAUUCAUUGUCAUUACAGCUCACUGACAUUUGUUUGUGAGGCCUGAAGGCGGCAAAUGUUUGUCAAGCAAAGUGCUGUUUAACAAGGCUGAAAUUGGAGGCACCAAAACAUUGCAUAAUGAGGAGAUGAAAGUGGACACAGAACUGUCGGAGGGAGGAAGGAAGGGUCCCUCAGGUCACCGCUGCAAGCCCCCUUCGUGGUGAACCUCGGUGGGAGGAACCCCACACGAGCCCAGCAGCGGCUGUAUUUCCGUCCUGUCUCGAUGGAGGAGGCGCCCGCGAGUGGCAGCGAGGCCUGGCUCAGAUGGUGGUUUGGUAGUGGAGCGGUCUGGCUUCCUCGCUGGAGAUGAGCGGUUCCCUCUCUCCCAACGUGAUCAGGUCUUUCCACCGCCUCACUGACUCCAGAGGUCUCUGCAGCCAGCCUCCUCCCCUGACUGCAGCCAGGGCGGCCGUCAUCACCAGCAGCCCCCCACCGAGGGCCGACAGCAGCAGCCAGGGCCACACCUCCCGCAGCUCCUCCAGCAGGGGGCGCAUGGACUCGGCCAGCCGCUGGUCUGGAAGGAGGCAGAAGGAGGUUAGAGGAGAGCCGUGGCCUGUGGCGGUCCUGGACCCUACCUGCCCUCAGGAGGGAGCUGUACUCGUAUCCCAGCUCCUUGCUGGAGAUGAAGAAGUCAAUGUUUCUGUGGAGCGGCAGGAAGGGCACCAUGAAGUAGUCGCGGUUGUGUCCGAUGGGGGCCAUGGCCGCCGGGUACUGGGACUGGGACGGCCGGUGUCUGCGGAGCCACUGCUCGAAGAGGCUUGAGCAGAGAACAGCGAGUGAGUCGAGGCCGCGACGGGCGGUCCGGCUGCCGAGCUACCUGUCGACGAAGGCGUGGUGCAGAAGAAAGAUGGGGUCGUUGGCCGAGCCCUGCACCGAGGACAUGGUGCCGUUCAUGAAGACGUGGAGGGCCGCGUGCAUGCCCAUGCGAGAGCUGUUCCCCAGACCCGUGCGGGGAUCCCCGAACCCUGCAAGAGUCAGGCGUCUGGUUGGCAUCUCCAGGGUCACAUGUCCCUCUGGAGCCUGGUGCGACCCCCAGGAAAGCCUACUCAUGCCUGAUGUCUCUGUGAGGCCCGGCCUGCAGGACUUACUCUCCAGGACGAGAAGACUGAGCCGGGACUGAGCAGCCCCGGGUCCUGGGGGCUGGGCCCUCCCAUCAGCUGGUCGCUGCAGACCUGGCAGCCCUCGGCGUCCCUCCAGUCCCAGUAGGGCAGGGUGAAGCCGCUGUCGCCGCUCAGCUUCCGGAUCUCCUGUUCCCAGUGCAGCAGGAAGAGCCGGUGCCAGGGCAGGAAGGCAGGCGCCCAGUGAGCAAAGUCCACGUCGGUGAAGACGUUCCCGGCUGGCGGGAGCAGCGCGUCCCUGGACACGUAGUAGUGCAUCCAGACAAAGAGGUCGUAGACGGACACGUCGGCGAACAUGGGGCUGGAGCCGUUCUGCAUCUGCUGGUGGAUAAAGGGGCGGUCCCAGUGCCACCUGCAGGCCGGGAAUGAGAGCGCAGCGGCCGCUUGAUUGAAAUGGAGUUCAAUUGAGUCAAAAUGUGCGACUGUUCCGCACAUGGUGUUUAAGGAGAUAAUCCGCCUUGAAUGGACAUCAUAGCGAGUGAUGGCUUUCCUGCCGCAAGAAGGUCGCACAUUGAAGCCUUCAGUGUUCCUCCUCCGACGGCUUUGAUGCGUGUUUGGCGGAGGUUUGUGACACGCUGAUCGGCGGCUUGGAGGAGGAGAGCAAGUUGGCGGGGGAGGAGGAGGCGCGCCGCCGCAUUCUCUCGAGCUGCUGGAGAGCAAACGCGCUCUUUUGGAGGGAAACAGAAAUGCGCCCAUCCGCCGACCUGCGGGGAGAAGCGAGGUAAGUUCAAGUGACUGUGGCGCCUCGCGGAGAAAGCUCGAGCCGUUCAGCGCCGAGGGGCUCGGCAACAGUUUGGUUUCAGAACCCUGGACAGCGGUUGAAUGCCUGGUCCACGGGGGAGAGGCGCCGGUCAGACCGCGAGCAUGUGGAGCAACGCUUGCACUCUGAAGGCGCUCUCGGUCUUGGUCCUGCUGGGAGCGGAUCCCACCUGGCUGCUGCGUCGGCCACACGUGGGGGUCAGCGCCCAGAACACCGAGAGGAGAGUGCUGGCCUACAUCCCGGGGGACAUCAUCAUCGGGGCCCUCUUCUCCGUCCAUCACCAGCCGCCAGCUGAUAAGGUCCACGAGAGGAAGUGUGGCGCCGUGCGGGAGCAGUAUGGAAUCCAGAGGGUGGAGGCCAUGAUGCACACUCUGGAUCGCAUCAACGCCGACCCUCACAUUCUGCCCAACAUCACUCUGGGCUGUGAGAUCAGGGACUCGUGCUGGCACUCAGCUGUGGCGCUGGAGCAGAGCAUCGAGUUCAUCCGGGACACGCUGGUGUCCGGUGAAGAGGAGGAGAGCCAGGGAAGGUGCUCGGCCGAGCCCGGCGCCCUGCUGCUCCAGGGCAAGAAGCCCAUCGUGGGGCUGAUCGGACCGGGCUCCAGCUCUGUGGCCAUCCAGGUCCAAAACCUCCUGCAGCUCUUCAACAUACCUCAGAUCGCUUACUCCGCCACCAGCAUGGACCUGAGUGACAAGAGUCUCUACAAGUACUUCAUGCGGGUGGUGCCGUCAGACAUGCAGCAGGCGCGCGCCAUGGUGGACAUCGUCAAGAGGUACAACUGGAGCUACGUGUCAGCCAUCCACACGGAAGGCAACUAUGGCGAGAGCGGCAUGGAAGCCUUCAAGGACAUGGCGGCCAAGGAGGGCAUCUGCAUCGCGCACUCGGACAAGAUCUACAGCAACGCCGGGGAGCAGAGCUUCGACCGGCUGCUGCAGAAGCUGCGCGCUCACCUGCCCAAGGCCAGGGUGGUGGCCUGCUUCUGCGAGGGCAUGACGGUCAGGGGCAUCCUCAUGGCCAUGAGGCGGCAGCAGCUGGUGGGAGAGUUCCUGCUGGUGGGAAGCGACGGCUGGGCCGACCGCUACGACGUCACGGACGGCUACCAGGAGGAGGCGGCCGGCGGGAUCACCAUCAAGCUCAAGUCGGCCUACGUCACCUGGUUUGACGACUACUACCUGAACCUGAAGCCGGACGCCAACCUGAGGAACCCCUGGUUCCCUGAGUUCUGGCAGCACCGUUUCCAGUGCAGACUCCGGGGCCACCCGCAGGAGAACGCCAAGUACAACCGCACCUGCACGUGGAGGGAGUCUCUGCGCCAGCACUACGCUCAAGACACCAAAAUGGGCUUCGUCAUUAACGCCAUCUACUCCAUGGCCUACGGCCUCCACGCCAUGCAGCGCCUGCUCUGCCCCGGGCACCAGGGCCUGUGUGACAACAUGCAGCCCAUCGACGGACGGCAGCUGCUGGACUUCCUGAUGAAGACCAACUUCACCGGCGUCUCCGGGGAGACCGUGCUCUUUGACCAGAACGGAGACUCCCCCGGCAGGUACGAGAUCAUGAACUUCAAGCGGCUGGGUGAGGAGCACUACGCCUACGUCCACGUGGGCAGCUGGGACCAGGGCGGCCUGCAGAUGAACGACCAGGAGAUCUGGAGCCACGGCAGCGAGAUCAUGCAGUCGCUGUGCUCCCAGCCCUGCCAGAAGGCUCAGAUCAAGGUGAUCCGCAAAGGAGAGGUGAGCUGCUGCUGGACCUGCGCUGCCUGUAAGGAGAACGAGUUCGUGUUCGACGAGUACACCUGCCGUGCCUGCCUCCUGGGCUUCUGGCCCACGGACGACCUGCGGGGCUGUGAGCCCAUCGCGGUGCAGUACAUGCGCUGGGGGGAUCCGGAGCCCGUGGCCGCCGUGGUCUUCGCCUGCCUGGGUCUUCUGUCCACGCUCUUCGUCACCGCCGUCUUCAUCAAGUUCUGGGACACGCCCGUGGUCAAGUCCUCCAGCCGCGAGCUGUGCUACAUCAUCCUGGCGGGGAUCUGCCUGGGCUACCUGUGCACCUUCAGCCUCAUCGCCAAGCCGCACAUCGUCCACUGCUACCUGCAGCGCCUGGGCAUCGGACUCUCCCCGGCCAUGAGCUACUCUGCCCUGGUCACCAAGACCAACCGCAUCGCUCGGAUCCUGGCGGGCAGCAAGAAGAAGAUCUGCACCAAGAAGCCGCGCUUCAUGUCGGCCUGCGCGCAGCUGCUGAUCGCCGCGCUGCUCAUCCUGCUGCAGCUGGGCAUCAUCGUGGCGCUGCUGCUCAUCCAGCCGCCGCAGGUCGUCUAUGACCACCCCAGCAUCCGAGAGGUGCACCUCAUCUGCAACCUGACCACGCUGGGCGUGGUGGCGCCGCUGGGCUACAACGGCCUGCUCAUCCUCAGCUGCACCUUCUACGCCUUCAAGACGCGCAACGUUCCCGCCAACUUCAACGAGGCCAAGUACAUCGCCUUCACCAUGUACACCACCUGCAUCAUCUGGCUGGCCUUCGUGCCCAUCUACUUCGGCUCCAACUACAAGAUCAUCACCAUGUGCUUCAGCGUCAGUCUCAGCGCCACCGUGGCCCUCUGCUGCAUGUUCGCGCCCAAGGUCUACAUCAUGCUGGCCAAGCCGGAGAAGAACGUGCGCAGCGCCUUCACCACCUCCACCGUGGUGCGCAUGCACGUGGGCCACGCCAAGAAGGCCGCCGCCUCCAGCAAGUCCCCCAGCAGCAUGGCCGCCAGCUCCAACAGGAAGUCGGCCACCUGGGCCCAGAGUGAGCGCGGCUACAGGCCCAACCUGUGGAAGAGGAUGUCGUUCCACGUCAAGAAGAAGGAGGCGCUGGAGAGCAACCAGACGGCCGUGAUCAAGCCCUUCUCUAAAGGCCACGGCCAGGAGCGCUUCGGCAACAUGACCAGGGUCUACUACCGGGAAGCCAUGGGAGCCUUCAUCGUGUUCGACGUGACGCGGCCCACCACCUUCGAGGCCGUGCUCAAGUGGAAGGAAGACCUGGACUCCAAGCUGCUGCAGUGCGACGGCCGCGGCGUGGCCACGGUGCUGCUGGCCAACAAGUGCGACCAGGGCCGCGAGCUGACCAGCAACGGCCUCAAGAUGGAGCAGUUCUGCAAGGAGCACGGCUUCGUGGGCUGGUUCGAGACCUCGGCCAAGGACAAUCUCAACAUCAGUGAAGCAGCCAACUUCCUGGUGCAGCACAUCAUGGCCCGCGAGAGCCACAUCCUGAGGAGCGCGGCCCCCGACACCGUCUCGCUGCAGCCGCACUCCGCCGCUCCCUCCUCCUGCGCCAGCUGCUUCAAGUAGGCCACGCCCACGCCGCCGGCUCUGUUGGGAGGUCCCGAGGAGCCGCUUCUGUUUGGGUCUCGAUCAUCUGCAGCGCACGCGUCACACUCGGCUCGGACCGGGCCGGGUCACCUGGUCCCUGGCCGCCGGAGCUUGAAUUCAAGCAGCGCAGGGUCGGAGCUGGAGUGGAACCAGGGAAGAUGGUGACAAGAGGAGGAGGUCAGCAGGUGACCAGCAGCGCUCAGGACUGGGCUCCUGAGCGGGCCGCGUCCAGACUUCCUGAAGAGGAAACAGCAGUCCAAAGUGCCGUGCCACGUUUCCAUGAUGCUCCUUCACUCACCACUCUGGAGGCUUCAGGGCUUCUGAACGAGUAGUUCAAACUCGGGCCGCGCGACGGGAACUUGACUCUCGGCUCGACUGCAGCGUCGGCGUGUCGGGUCGGUCAUGGUCAGGACGUCAGCCGGAUCCUGCUGAGGGCACCUGCCCGACCCUCCGUCUCCAUGGAAACUGCCUGUGUUUCUCAGUGUCUGACCCGAGCCAGCGUCUCUGCGCGUGUGUCCCGCUGGAGCGUCUUCACCCCCAGCAGCAGCAGCAGCGCUCAUUCUCGCUCCCGGAACCUGUCGUGAUGCCUUCGCUAUUUAUUUGGAAAUAAAUGU